AUGCCUGUUGAUAAAUCUUGGAUGCAAUCUGGGAGGUCGUCAGAAGAUUAUUUUGUAGGAGUUGAAAGUUUUCUCAAUUAUGCAUACAACCAUGUUAAGCCGGAUGAUUCUAAGAUCUUCUGUCCUUGCUCUAAAUGCAGUAAUAGAUAUAGACAUCUAAGGUAUGAGGUACACAAGCAUCUUCUUUAUAAUGGAAUUAAACUAAAUUAUACUACAUGGUAUUUGCACGAUGAGGGUGAGGAUGAGGAUAUUGAUGAAAGUGAUGAAAGUGAUAGUGACAAUGAUGGACAUGAUGUGGCCAGUAUGGAGCAAGACGAUGAUAUGCAUGGUUUAAUAGAAGAAGGUUGUCCACAAGAUCCAAAUGGAGAUGCGCACAAGUUUUACAAAUUGUUAGAAGAGGCAGAACAACCAUUGUACGCUGGUUGUGAAUCAUAUUCUAAUUUGUCUUUUGUUGUGAACCUUAUGCAUAUCAAGGGUAUCGGUACUAUGAGCAAUAAAGCAUUUGCUAUGUUGCUAACAUUGUUGAAAAAUGCAUUUCCUUUUUGUGAGAAGUUACCUACAACCACUAACGGUGCAAAGAAAAUUAUUUCAGAUUUAGGUCUUCAUUAUGAUAAAAUAGAUGCAUGCAAUAAUGAUUGCAUCAUUUAUUAUAAGGAGCAUGUAAAUGCAACGCAGUGUCCUACAUGUAAGCUUUCGAGAUGGAAGAAACAAGGAAAGGGUAGCAAAAAGAAAGGUAAAAAGGUUCCAUGGAAGGUGCUUAGAUAUUUUCCACUCACACCAAGACUUCAAAGAUUAUUCAUGUCAUCCAAGACAGCUGUAGAUAUGAGAUGGCAUUUUAAGGAUCAUGUAAAAGAUGGAGUGUUGAGGCAUCCAGUAGAUUAUGAGGCUUGGAAAUCGUUUAAUCAAAUUCAUGAGUCAUUUGGUAUGAAACCUCGAAAUGUAAGACUUGGUUUGGCAACAGAUGGAUUUAACCCUUUUGGGAAUAUGAAUUUGCAUUAUAGUAUUUGGCCGGUUCUUAUAUACCCAUAUAAUCUUCCUCCGUGGAUGUGUAUGAAGGAGCCUUAUGUUUUCAUGACUUUACUUAUUCUAGGACCCAAGGGUCCAUGCCAUGACAUUGAUGUAUACAUGAGGCCAUUGAUAGACGAAUUGCAAACAUUGUGGGAAAUUGGUGUUGAAACGUAUGAUAUAUAUGCAAAGCAAAAUUUUCAGAUGAGAGCUGCACUUCUUUGGACUAUCAAUGAUUAUCCAGCAUAUGCAUACAUGUCAGGUUGGAGUACGUCUGGUAAAUUGGCAUGCCCAUAUUGUGCAUCUGAUACUUCGCAUCGUCGGUUAUCUCAUGGGUCUAAAACAUGUUAUUUGGGUCAUAGAAGAUUUUUACCGUCUGACCACGUAUGGCGUAAUCAACGAAGCCAAUUUGAUAAUACAAAGGAAAUAAGACUUGCACCCAAGAGACCAUCUGGUGAUGAUGUGAUAAACGAACUUAGUGAAUUAAGAGAAAUAACACAUGGCAAGGAUGGGAAAAAGCAUACAAUGCUUGGGUUUGGAAAAAAUGUGAUUGGCACUAUGAUGAGCAUUGAUGGUAAAACAAAAGAUUCUUUAAAUGCUCGUCUUGAUCUUCAAGAAAUGGGUAUAAGACACAGGUAUCAUCCAGAAGAAGGAGAUAAUGGUAAGCUCUAUUUUAUCCCAGGCGAUUAUACAUUGUCAAAUGAUGAUAACAAAGCUUUAUGUCAAUGGUUAAUGGAGUUGAAAGUUCCAGAUGGGUACUCUGGAAAUUUAUCUCGAUGUGUGAAUGCUUCAUAG